AUGAAUGAUAGUUAUGCUGUCAUCGGCUUUCUUGGCCUCUGCUUUCUUUCUCUUUUCUAUACUACAUCAGCCUAUAUUAUUGCUCAAAAUUUGGUAGCUGCUUUGGAAAAAGCUUUUCGACCAACUAAUAAUGUCAAAAUCGCCUCGGAUAAAAAAAUUUCUAAUGAACCGUUUAGCGUGCGUAAACUCUUUCAAACCGUACCGAAAGUUUCUUUUCGUACGUUAACAUAUGUAACCUAUGACGAUGCAACUUUGACACUGGAUUUUUAUACAUCAACUGUGAGUGGCAAACGACCUUGUGUACUAGUAAUACAUGGUGGUGCUUGGAGUGCAGGUGACAGUAAACAAUUGCCAGAGCUCAAUAGUCAUCUGGCACGAGCUGGUUAUCACUGUGCAGCUAUUAGCUAUCGUUUAGCUCCACGAUGGCAAUGUCCUGCUCCUAUAGAAGAUGUAGCUGCUGCCUUAAACUACUUGUGUAAACAUGCUGAUGACUUGAAUAUUGAUACAAAUAAUUUUGUAUUACUCGGUCGUUCGGCUGGUGGACAAAUAGCAUUACUGGCAGCUUACACCCUUCAACAAUCGGGUAUCAAAGGUGCAAUUGAUUUUUAUGGACCUGCGGAUAUGAUUUAUGGAUAUAUGGUACCGACUAAUCCAUAUGUGAUAAACUCAGGACAAGCAUUGGCUAGAUAUAUCGGUGGUGAUUAUUAUCAAAUACCCGACAAGUAUGCAGCCAGUUCACCAAUCGAGUUUGUUAAUCGACAGACUGUACCAACUCUUAUCUUUCAUGGUCUUACUGACGCGCUCGUAUUCUGUGAACAUAGUCGUCGUCUCAGUGCGAAACUAGAUCAAUACGAUGUGCCACAUUAUUUGCUUGAAUUACCUUGGGGAACACACGGCUUUGAUUACCAUUUAAAUGGCCCUGGUGGACAAUUGUCAACAUUUGCAAUCGAAUACUUCUUACGCGUAGUUACUGGUGGACAAUAG